CUCAUUGUUGCUAACUAGAGCUUGAAAAAGCAACACCGAAGGUAACACUAGCAACACUUACUGCUUCUCCCUACAUGUUUCUGUGUUGAUCUCCUUUCAGCUACGUUUCUGACGCAGUAACUGGAGUCAUCAUCAUCUCCAUCCUCUUUUUCUUUCCAUCCCAGCAUCCUUCUCUCCACUGGUGGUUCGAUUCAAGAGACUCAAAUACAUCAUAUGUUCCCCUGUUGUCAUGGAGAAAAGCUCAUAGAGUGUGUGCCGUGGAAUAUGACUUUACUGAUGGGUGGUGGAUUUUUAAUGGCCAGAGGCUGCGAGGCCAUCUGUAUGAAAGUCAACCCACUGAACUUCAUGAUCCCAGCAACGACUGGCUGCUCUUACGCUUUCAUGCUUCUUGUGUCCGCACCUCCAAACUCAAUCGCCUUUGCCUCCGGACACCUGAUGGUCAAAGAUAUGAGCCUCAGUGAUGAGCAGGAUGGAGGCGCUGUGGUUGUGUUACUCUUCUCCGACUCCUCAGAGUGCAAGUCACCUACUCGCCCUACUUCUUCUCUGUCUCUCAUUGGCUGCUGUAACUGCUUCACUGCUUUUCCACUGGCUCAUAAAUCUUUUAAAAUAUGACAUCCAGACAGCAUUGAUUGCAGUUGGUAUCUAUGCCAUAGCUGUGUUUAUCCUGUCAUCUCUCAUCCAUCCGUUUCGAUGUGCUUUCACUCUAAUCUUCCCGACGUUGUUCACCCGGCAAGGCUGUAAACUGAUCUUGUCCACAUCUAUGAUGAUCAUAGUGCUGUACGUCCUACCCAACAUGGCCGCCAACAUUGCAACUCUCACAAAUGUUGUGAAAUGCACAUCAGAAAAACUCUCUCAAAGUCUCCUAAGCAGCUCGGAGCUCAUAAACAGCAUAAAGGACAAUAUGGUCAGAAGAGCCGAGGAGAGUGCAUAUGGGAGUUUACUGCAAACGCUGCAUGAUUUUGAUCACAGCACACAUAUUAAUGUCUCCGAAGUGAAGCGACGGUUGCAUUUGUUGAGUCAGCGGGUGCAGGAGGAUUUCUCUGAAGUUGACCAUCAAGUACAGGACCUGAAGCUGCUAUUCAGCAGAAUCUUUGCUGCUGUUUUUGUUCUGUAUUUGUUCACAGAGUCCGUCAUGUACCUUCGGUCUUACCUGACGUCUGUAAGAUUUGAUAACACAUAUAUCACAGGUGGGCUCAGGAGGAAAGGAGCUGAACAAGGGAUUGUGGUUGAAGCAAAGGAUGUGAAAAAUGGAGUAAACUCCACCAGUUUCAGAAUAACUCAAAAAGAACUUUUCAAAUGUCUGGCUCCAGCAGUGGUGAUCACUCUGUAUCUGCUAAUGACAAUCUUUUUGAUAGUGCUGGACCACUUCUUAUAUUACUUGGUGAAAUUAUGUGGUGCUUGGAUUUCAAACAUGCCACCCACCAACAUCGGCAUCAACGUCGACUUCAAGGUUGGAGCAGAAGUGGGCAUCUGUCAGAUCUUUAGCUUAGACUGUCAGGCAGAAUUGUUGAACUUCAACAGAACUUACACAACCCGAAUACACUCUGAUCCAAACAUGUGUGAGGCCCAAUCCAGUAAACUGAACCCAGGUGUAGUGACGGCGCUGCUGUUCCUCUAUCUGUUCAGCUACGCCCUGCUGCCGCUGGAGGUCUAUGCGCGACGCCUUCGGAGGAAAGUAGCGGCUUCUUUCUUCCAGGCUCAGGAGGGGAGAAGGGUCGAGUUCCUUAUCAAGAAAAUUCUAACUAAACAAAAGGAAAGACAGAAUGUUUUCUUCAUAACCAAGCAUCAAGAUAAAGAAGUGUUUGGGAAAAUAGAUCGGCUAUAA